CGGGAGGGGCCGUGCGCUGCCCUAGACGGGGUCGAGGUCUGGCCAGGGUCAGCUCCUCGGAGAGACGGGAGAUUGCUGGAGAGCCCUAGCGGCGGGCGGGCGGCCUGGUAGCCAGGGCGCGCGCGGAGAGAACCCCGCCAAUCCCGGGUCCUCAGUCCUCUGGGCGCGGCGCUUAAGGGAUCCGCGGCGGGGGCGGCGACCGGGCCCGCCAUGAGCUCCCCGCCGCCUGCGCGCAGUGGCUUUUACCGCCAGGAGGUGACCAAGACCAGCUGGGAGGUGCGCACGGUGUACCGGGACCUGCAGCCCGUGGGCUCGGGCGCCUACGGCGCGGUGUGCUCGGCCGUGGACAGCCGAACGGGAGCCAAGGUGGCCAUCAAGAAGCUGUACCGGCCCUUCCAGUCGGAGCUGUUCGCCAAGCGCGCUUACCGUGAGCUGCGCCUCCUCAAACACAUGCGCCACGAGAACGUGAUCGGGCUACUGGAUGUGUUCACACCUGAUGAGACCCUAGAUGACUUCACAGACUUUUACCUGGUGAUGCCAUUCAUGGGCACUGACCUGGGCAAACUCAUGAAGCACGAGAAGCUGAGUGAGGACCGGAUCCAGUUUCUGGUUUACCAGAUGCUGAAGGGGCUGAAGUAUAUCCACGCUGCUGGCAUCAUCCACAGGGACCUGAAGCCUGGCAACCUGGCAGUGAAUGAGGACUGUGAACUUAAGAUCCUGGAUUUUGGACUGGCUAGGCAGGCAGACAGUGAGAUGACUGGUUAUGUAGUGACACGGUGGUACCGGGCACCCGAGGUCAUCUUGAACUGGAUGCACUACACACAGACUGUGGACAUCUGGUCUGUGGGCUGCAUUAUGGCAGAGAUGAUCACAGGGAAGACGCUUUUCAAGGGCAAUGAUCACCUGGACCAGCUCAAGGAGAUCAUGAAGGUGACAGGCACACCGCCACCUGAGUUUGUGCAGAGACUGCAAAGCACAGAUGCCAAAAACUACAUGAAGGGCCUCCCGGAGCUGGAGAAGAAGGACUUUGCCUCCAUCCUGACCAAUGCUAGCCCCGUGGCUGUAAACCUCCUGGAGAAGAUGCUCGUGCUGGAUGCAGAGCAGCGUGUGACGGCAGCUGAGGCACUGGCCCACCCCUACUUCGAGUCCCUCCACGACACAGAAGAUGCACCUGAAGCCCAGAAAUAUGAUGACUCUUUUGACGACAUGGACUGCACGCUGGAUGAGUGGAAGCGUGUCACAUACAAAGAGGUGCUCAGCUUCAAGCCUCCCAGGCAACGGGGGGCCAGGGGCUCCAAAGAGACGGCUUUGUGAAGAUCUCUGGGCUCCAGGGUAGUGGUGGGAGCUUUCACCUUGGCCUGCUCCCUGGGAGGGAGAUCCUGGUGACUGCCUUGAGCCUGGUGGGGGCUGGCAUCCCAAAGUGUCUACUUGGAGAAGACCUCUCUUCUUCCGAGCCUAUUUCUGUGCUGUCUGGCACCACCUCAGCACCUUCAGGACCUCUGCCUGACCUGGGGAUCAUCUCUGAGUCCUGGAUCCUUGGCCUUGUCUGCCAGGGUGCAGCCAGAAACCUCAGAGCCAGCAGAGCAUAGGGUUAAGUCCUGGUCUCUGAGCCCUGCUGGGCCCCAGCUCAGGGAUGUCAUUUGGGACUCCUCUGUACCCCCAGCCUGGAAUGUAAAUUAGCCUGUGGUUCAUCUGUGUGGCUGGAAGGGAAUAAACUCUU